ACUGCUCUCUACCCACCGUUAAAACUGUUUUCUCUUGCCGUACAUUUUCCCGGGAAACAAACAGUUGGCCGUGAACACUACCUUCUCCCAUUCUCCACUUCAAAUUCAAAAAAAGAAAAAAAAGAGAGAAACUCGAGGACUCAUUGAGCAAAUGGCGUUACGCUCUUGCCACAGUCUAGGCCGUCCAUUAAUUACCCCAAUCAGCGGGGCAAAAUCUCCAUCGCGAAACUGCAAAUUCUCAAUUCACAACUAUAGUUUAGACUCUAAUCAUUCUCAAAAGUUAGUGCUAGAAGUGAAGGAUAAGCUUGAAAAAGAGCACUACAGUCUUCCAGUAGGCAAAAAUGGAAGAGAUGAUGAAGAAAUGAUUCUUUGGUUUUUAAAGGACAGGAAGUUUUCUGUUGAAGAAGCUUCUGCAAAAUUGGCUAAAGCCAUUAAAUGGCGUCGUGAAUUUAGAGUGUCGGAAUUGACUGAAGAGUUGGUGAAAAGUGUAGCAGAUACGGGAAAAUCUUUUGUGCAUGAAUCUCUUGAUGUUCGUGGAAGGCCUGUUCUUGUUGUGGUGGCAUCCAAGCAUGUUCCUGAUAUGCAUGAUCGUGUUGAGAACGAGCGGCUUUGUGUCUUUCUAGUAGAGAAGGCAUUGGCAAAGCUCCCAGCUGGACAAACAGAAAUACUUGGAGUAUUUGAUCUCAGGGGUUUUGGUACUGAAAAUGCUGAUCUCAACUUCUUGACCUUUGUGUUUGAUGUAUUUUAUUACUACUAUCCGAAGCGGCUGGGCGAAGUCCUCUUUGUGGAUGCUCCCUUCAUAUUUAAGCCAAUUUGGCAGUUAGCCAAGCCGUUGUUAAAAUCAUAUGCAUCUAUGGUGAGAUUUUGCUCCGCGGAUGCUGUCAGGAAGGAAUAUUUUACGGAAGAGACUGUACCGCCAAUCUUUAGAGAAUAAGAGCGCGCUGAUCUUUAGUUAAAUCAUCGAUGUGACUUGCAUAAUAGUGUUAUAAAAUAGUGUCACGGUUCUCAUUAUAUGGUAAAUACAGCAAAUGUAACUAAAAAAUCAAGUGCAGCUUUGAGCAGUAGCUGCUCAACAUUUUUCUUUUGGCAGAACACUUAUCUAUUCUGGAGUAGGCAUUGGAGUAAAAAUAGUUCCACACUGUCUAGCUUCUAGCAGAAGUGUGAAAUUGUAUGAUAUUACUACGUACUUGUAGAAACAAUAUAUAUUACUCAAAAUGGAAAACUUUAAAGAAA